UUAACCCCUGUUUAUAUUCUAAGCAUCCGCCGCAAUCUCUCUUCCUUGAUCGACAAAUUCUGGAAAAUAAAAAACCCCAACAGCAGCAAUGAUAGAAGAACAUCUGGAAUCAUCCAAUCCCUAUUCAAAUUCAAAUUCAAUUCACGAGCAGUUGACUUUAGAGCAGAAGUUUCAAAUCGUUACGAGCGUCGCGGAAGAGUGCAUUGGAGAAAAUGAUCUUCUUAACCUCCUUGCCAGUAAACAUCAACCCGUCUGCUAUGAUGGUUUCGAACCUUCCGGACAAAUGCAUAUUGCACAGGGUGUCAUGAAAACAAUCAAUGUAAAAAAGCUAAUAUCAGCUGGUUGCCAUGUCAAAAUAUUGAUUGCUGAUUGGUGUGCAAAACUUAAUAAUAAAAUGGGGGGAGAUUUGAGCAAAAUUGAGACGGUUGGCCGCUACAUGAUUGAGAUAUGGAAAGCCAUUGGGAUGGAUUUGGAAGGAGGAAAGGUUGAGUUUUUGUGGUCGUCAAAGGAGAUUAAUGCAAGAGCAGAUGAGUACUGGCCUCUUGUGUUGGAUAUAGCUUUGAAUAACAGUGUUAACAAGAUAAUCAGCUGCAGCGAAAUAAUGGGACGGAUCGAAAAGGAUGAAUUGACUGCUGCCCAAAUAAUCUAUCCGUGCAUGCAGUGUGCUGACAUAUUUUUCCACAAGGUUGACAUAUGCCAAUUAGGAAUGGAUCAGAGGAAAGUGAAUGUACUUGCCAGAGAGUAUUGUGAUAAUAUUAAGAGGACGAGCAAACCAAUCAUUUUAUCUCACCACAUGCUACCUGGGCUACAAGGGCAAGAUAAAAUGUCCAAAAGUGACCCAUCAUUCUCAUCUAUUUUCAUGGACGAUGACGAGGCUAAAGUGAUUGAUAAAAUAAAGAAGGCUUAUUGCCCGCCAAAGAUUGUUGAAGGAAACCCGUGCUUAGACUACAUUAAAUAUGUUGUCUUACCUUGGUUUAACGAGUUCACUGUGGAACGCAAUGUAGAUAACGGUGGGAAUAAGACCUACAAAAGCUUUGAGGAGCUAGUUGUUGACUAUGAAAGUGGACAGAUACAUCCGGGUGAUCUUAAACCGUCUUUGUCAAAGUCAUUAAAUAAAAUUCUAGAGCCUGUAAGGGAACAUUUCAAAAAGAACACAUAUGCUAACAACCUACAAAAGAGUGUCAAGGCUUAUGGAGUCACCAAGAAGGACAAGCAUGCUAAACCAAAGAGUGUCAAGGCUUGUGGAGUCACCAAAGCAAUGGAAGCACCCGCCGCAGAAGCUCUUAAAUUAUUGUCUGUCUCUGAAUCAUCCAAUUCAAAUAAGGACCAGUUAACGUUGGAGCAGAAGUUUGAAAUCGUAAAGAGCGUUGGGGAAGAGUGCAUUCAAGAAAAUGAACUUCGUAACCUUAUCGCCAAGAAGCCCAUAAUUUUCUGUUACGAUGGUUUUGAACCUUCUGGCAGAAUGCACAUAGCUCAGGGUAUCAUGAAAACACUCAAUGUGAACAAGCUAAUUUCCGCUGAUUGUCGAGUCAAAAUAUGGAUUGCUGAUUGGUUUGCAAAGCUUAAUAAUAAAAUGGGGGGAGAUCUGGGGAAAAUAGAGACGGUUGGCCGCUACAUGAUUGAGAUCUGGAAAGCCAUUGGGAUGGAUCUUGGAGGAGGAAAAGUUGAAUUUUUGUGGUCAUCUAAAGAGAUUAAUGCAAGAGCCGAUGAGUACUGGCCUCUUGUGUUGGAUAUAGCUUCGAAUAACAGCCUUAACAGGAUUAUCAGGUGUAGCCAAAUAAUGGGACGGAGUGAAAAAGAUGAACUGACUGCUGCUCAAAUAAUCUAUCCAUGCAUGCAGUGUGCUGACAUAUUUUUCCUCAAGGCUGAUAUCUGCCAAUUAGGAAUGGAUCAGAGAAAAGUGAAUGUACUUGCUAGAGAGUAUUGUGAUGUUAUUAAGAGGAAGAACAAACCGAUCAUUUUGUCUCACCACAUGUUACCUGGUUUACAAGAAGGGCAAGAGAAAAUGUCGAAAAGUGACCCAUCUUCUUCCAUUUUCAUGGAUGAUGAGGAGGCUGCAGUGCAUGAGAAAAUACAAAAGGCUUUUUGCCCGCCAAAGAUUGUGGAACAAAAUCCAUGCUUAGAGUAUAUACAAUAUAUUGUGUUACCCUGGUUCAACGAGUUCACCGUGGAGCGUGGUGCAGAUAAUGGUGGAAAUAAGACGUUUAAAAGCUUUGAAGAGUUGGUUGUUGACUAUGAAAGCGGAGAGUUACAUCCAUAUGACCUUAAAUUGGCUCUGUCGAAGUCCUUGAACACAAUUUUACAGCCCGUAAGGGAACUUCUUAGAAAGGAUGGCAUUGCCAAAGAGCUAUCAAAGUGUGUUAAGGCUUACAGAAUCACCAAGUAAUAAUGUUUUGUUUUUUUUUUUUAAGAAGCUAAAUUAACCUACUCAAAUUGACACCA